UCAAGUUGUUUCUCAAGACCUUUCAACCAAUGCUCUAUUUGUUCUGUCAUAUGAACGCAAAUACAGACGAAUUCCUUUUUCUCCACUUAAAUAUGCCAAGAUUGAAUUUUGAGAGUAAUUUGUGAAGAUGCAACGAUAUGCUUUGCUGCGGAGUCUGGCAACUUUUAUCAAAACGACUAAGAGUGUUGAUAAAGUCAGGAACUAUGAUCGUUUUUAUAGGACUUCCCAACGUUUUUCAACUUCUUUAAAGUAUGGUUUUUAUUUUGUAACUGGUACCGUGGUUGGCGCACUGGGAAGCAUAGUUUCUUAUUACUGUCUUUAUGGCGACGAGAAUUCUAAAUAUCGAAUCGACAACAGCGACGUAGUGCAAAUGUGCACUUUGAAUGGCGAUAACAAUUCCAAGAUGAUAAAGCUUGGCAGCUUUGAGGGUGAUCAGGCAUCGGGCAGUGCGGAAGGAGGUGUGAUGAAUCGCUAUGCAAUAGCAGAUGCAGUAGCUAAAGUUGCACCGGCAGUAGUCAAUAUAACAGUGACUUCCGAAGGACCACCUAGUCCUUGGCUGGGGCCUAUCGGUCCUCGAGAAGUUCAACAGUCUUCCGGUUCAGGUUUUAUUAUUGACCCUCAAGGCUUCAUUCUUACUAAUGCCCACGUCGUUUCCGAAGCAUCGCACUACACUGGUCAAGUAACUGUCACUUUACAAGAUGGAAGAGCGUUUCCUGGAAAACUUCAUAGCCAUGAUACCUUAUCAGAUUUAGCUAUCAUAAAGAUAGAUGCUGGUCAACCAUUGCCUUGUGCCAAAUUGGGAAAGUCUCGCAAUCUUCGUCCCGGAGAGUGGGUCAUUGCUUUAGGAAGUCCUUUAAUGUUGGCGAAUUCGGUUACAUCGGGUAUUGUUAGUGCGGUCCAAAGAGAGUCUUAUGAGUUGGGAUUUCCAGGGUCUUCGAAACUUGCCUUCAUUCAAACUGAUGCAGCAAUCAAUGUCGGCAAUUCUGGAGGUCCCUUGGUGAACUUAGAUGGAGAAGUUGUCGGUAUCAACACGAUGAAAGCACUUCGUUCAGAUGGCAUUAGUUUUGCUCUACCAAUUGAUUUGGUAAAGGAAGUAGUAGAGCAGUUAAAACUGCAUGGAUUUGUGAAACGUCCUUAUUUGGGUAUUAAACUAUUGACUUUGAGUCCUCGGGUAUUGGAGGAAUUGAAAGAAAGGGAUCCUCAUUUUCCAAAUGGUGUCAAUUAUGGCGUACUGGUACCUCAGGUUUUGCCAGGUUCACCUGCAGACCGUGGUGGUUUGCGAGCGGGAGAUGUCAUAGUUGAGUUUGAUGGAAAGCCAGUCAAGUCAACACGAGAGUUUUUAGAUAUUUUAGGUUAUCGAGUUGAUAAGCCAAUUCAAGUGAAAAUUAUUCGAGGCGAGAGAAAAUUCAUGAAAACUUGUUUAAAAGAGGGUUACAGUCCGCCUUGUGCACUAAUAGUGGCAGGUUCUGACUCUUGUGCUGGAGCAGGUAUUCAAGCGGACUUGAAGACUUUGUUAGCUUUAGGCGUUUACGGAACUAGUGUAGUUACUGCAGUUACUGCACAAAAUACUUUGGGUGUUCAAGGGAUAUACCCGAUAGAGCCUUGGUUUGUUAGGCAGCAGUUAGAGUCGAUAUUGUCAGAUAUUCCAAUCACGGCAGUAAAAACUGGUAUGUUAUAUAGUGCGGAUACAAUUCAAGAACUUGUUUUAGCUUUGAAACAAUAUUCUUUUGGACAACUUGUUGUCGAUCCUGUUCUUGUGGCAAAAGGUGGUCAAUAUUUGUUAACAGAAGAUGCCUUGGAAACUUUAAAAAAAGAUUUGUUUCCACUUGCCACGUUGAUCACCCCCAACAUACCUGAGGUAUGUGCCUUGAUUGGAAGAGAAGUGGAAUCUUUGCAAGAUGUUCGGGAAGCAGCAAAGGAACUAUUAGGCUUCGGUGCAAAAGCUGUGUUGAUCAAGGGUGGUCAUAACAUUGCAAGCUCAGAACUUGACGAUUCUUGUAUAGAUAUUUUGUUGGAUUCCCAAGGGUUUGAAGUUUAUGCGAGACCACGUUUGCACACUUUGAAUACUCAUGGAACUGGUUGUACUACUGCUUCGGCUAUUUGUGCAUAUCUUGCAAAAGGAUUUGCUUUGAGAGACGCUGUUGCAAAUGCAAAGGAAUAUGUUUUUGGUUGUAUGGAACACAGUUACCGUAUAGGAAGUGGACAUGGACCACUCAAUCAUGGUUUUCAUAUUACUUGUAGAAGCGACUCGAAAGUGUAAACAAGAGAGAGAGGAACCUUGA